AUUUUGUCUAUAUAAAUGUCUCGAAUUUCAACUUGGUUGAUCACCAGUUCAAUUGAGGAACUCAUAACUCCUCAAAAGUCUUCUUCAAUGGCGGCUCGAGUUCUUGUUUUGGCUUCAAUUCUUAUUUUCUCUUGUUUUGCAGAGACAUGCUAUGGGGCGAUCUCAUUCUCAUCCCUUCAAAGAACACUUGUUGUUACUGCUUCUCAUAGACAAGGACUUUUGAAAGCCGGGGAAGACAAGAUCACAGUGAGAUGGGGAUUGAACCAGAGUUUCCCGGCCGGGACCGACUCGUCUUAUAAGACCAUCAAGGUCCAGCUUUGCUAUGCACCCAUCAGCCAAGUCGACCGUGCAUGGCGGAAAACCGAGGACCAUCUUAACAAAGACAAGACAUGCCAGUUCAAGAUAGUCAAGAAACCCUACAUCAACGUCAACGAAACCCUUGAAUGGACCAUCGAAAGAGACGUGCCGACGGCGACGUUCUUUAUCCGAGCCUACGCUUUGGACUCCGACGACCAAGAGGUGGCGUACGGUCAAAACACGGACGCCGAGAAGAAAACCAAUCUGUUUGAAAUCCAAGCCAUCACCGGCCGCCAUGUUUCGCUCGAUAUAGCGUCGGUUUGUUUCAGUGCUUUCUCCGUUGUGUCGUUGAUGGGGUUCUUCUUUAUGGAGAAAAGGAAGGCAAGGAAAUCUCAGCAGUAGUGUGAUAUAUUAUGGUUUUAAGAACCCUAAUUAAACCUUUGAAAGGAUUUUUAUAGUAAUGGGUUUGAUUUGCAAGUCUUAUAUACUUUCUUUGUGUUUUUAAUCCUAGAUGAUGGGAGAUAAAGUGUUAAGUUGAAUGGUUGUGUUUUAGUGGGAAUGGGGUGAAUAAAAGAGUUGGGAUUAUCUAUGAUCAUCUCCUUGUUAUAUAUUAAAGUUGAAAAUUGUCUUUUUGUUA